AUGAAGACGUCAGCAAAAGACCCUAAUAGAUCAUCUGGCUCGAUGCCAAAAGUAAGAAAAAAUUCACGGCUUUCCGUUUGCUCAGAUGAUCAGGGAUUUGAAACAGAUUUAGAGGACGAUCUUGAGAAACUUCAUAUUGAAAAAGAAAGAAAGAAAUUCAUCAAGACAACAGCGGAGCGUUACUUCGAAGCUUGCGAGAGCCUCAACGCUGUUCCUGUUGCCAAAUUUCUACGCCAAUGUCAAACAGGUUCAGUAGAUCUCAAACACUAUGGCAUUCAAGAUAUCGGGGUGCAGGCGAUUGCUCUGGCCCUGGAACAAGACAUAACAGUUACAUCGCUUUGUUUGUGUGAUAAUGGCAUUGGAGACCUGGGUUCUAUUGCCUUGUCAAGGAUGCUCAAAGACAACUGCUUUGUCACACACUUGGAUAUCUCUGCGAAUAAAAUUGGCAAGAAAGGUGCCAUCGCGAUUGGUUGUAUGUUAAUCGAGAAUGCCUCCUUGCAAGAAUUAAACUUGAGUGGUUGCGAGAUCCAAGGGAAAGACUUCAAGCAUUUCUUAAAUGCCUUGUCUUCCAAUCCACACUUACGAAGGGUAGACUUUGGUUACAACGACCUUGGAGAAGAAGGCGCGAUUUAUUUGGGUAGAUCUCUGGCGAAAAACCGGAAACUGGAACUUCUUGAUAUAAGCUGGAAUAACAUUAGGGCGUCCGGAAUCGAAGAGAUUGCAAGGGGACUUGAGACAAACGAGAAACUGAAGGAACUUAACCUUUCUUGCAAUUGUUUCUCGGAUGAUGGAGCCAGCCAUCUUGGAACAGCGCUUAUCCGUAACCAUUACCUUAAGGUGCUAGAAAUGCAGAGUUGUGGUAAGUAAAAAAUCCACCAAGAGGAAACCCUAAUAAGUUUGGCCAUGUUUGCGUCCAGGGGGUACUCCCAUGAUUGAUUUUGGGUUUCAUUCCUUCAUUCCCCUACCUUCCCUCCCCCCAGCGAUGUUGUGCCCCAAAAAAGGACUCAUUUACCAUUUCCGCAUAGACCAUAAUGCACCUUGUAUACCCCCCAAAAUUUUGCAUAACUAUUGUCUUGGAAUUCUCUUGAGACGACUGUAAUACCUAGGAGAAAUCGGAAAGAAUGGCUGUGCAAGAUUUGGGGGGCGGGGUAAACAAGGUGCAUUGUGGUCAAUGUGAAGGUAGUGAAUUUCCACCCAUUGUGCUCAAAAUUCAACAUUGUUUGGGGUGGUAGUGGGAGGAGGAGGAGGGGGGGGGGGGGCCACUAGUUUUACUUUUAUGUUAUCAGCGGAAAGGUCUCCACACUCUUGACCUCCAUUCUAUUCUAACGCACCUCAAAAUGGCAUCUUUUAUUAGGAAUCCACAUUGAUGGAGCCUUUGAAAUCGCUGACGCCCUAAAGAAAAACAAUACGCUGGAGGUACUAAGGAUAGGAAAGAACUCUUUCCAAAGUUUUGGUGCUUGUUUGCUUCUUCGUGGGCUCAGAUACAACCAGACAAGUGCUUUACGAGAACUUAUUCUAGACGAUGUGGCGUUUGAUAGGUAAGGAAAAAAAAUUCCUUUAAUGGCCAAACUAUGCUAAAGAGGUAAGGAAUUAAAAGAACAACACACAGACAGAAAAACCGCCGUACAGGUGGUCGAAACGCCAGUCAAUGUUUACAACAGUCCUACUCAGAACUCUAACCCCGACGCAUCAUGCUCCACCUUCUUAUGAAAUGAGAGUGAACUUAAGGCCUCUUCACAUGAGCCCGAUUGACCGGGCUGACCCGGUUUCCGAGACCUCGCGUUACCUCUAAAUCCUUUGUAAAAUUUUCGACGUGUUCAUAUGAGAGGGUGGGCUGGUUCGCUUCCCGAGAUCUCGGUUUUUCCAACCCAGAUCUCGGUAAGCGGACUGGAAAUCUUGCCAUAUAAACACUUCAGCCCAGUUACCGGGAUGAAAGCAGGAUGAAUUGUGACGGUCCGGAUGGCAUCGUCUUAACUUGCAUUGCCUGCUGUAUUUUACCGUCAUAAGAAUCCAUUUAACUGCAGUGAUACAGCUUUCAGAGUUGCCGAAGUUAUGAUGGGCGCGAAAGCCAAAAUUUUUGUGUUUCGCCAUGUUUGCUUUGUUUCUCGAAUUUGCCGCCAGAUCUCGUCCCCAGAAUCUUUUACCUUUUCUCAUCUCGGAAACCGGGCUGAAAUCUCUCACAUGAGCCCAAGGGGAAAUUCAUCGCGGUAACCAGACCGGGCUCAUGUCUAAGAGGCCCUUAUUAUGAGGUUGUUAAUUUCUUCUUUAAAAGUAAACUGACUGUACACCUUCAAGUUAAUUUUAAAUCAUUCAAGUGACAACUACUGACAUAGACUGCGAGCAGUCUCUCUUUUUCUUCCGGUUUAGUAAGGGGAGUGCACGAGCGCGCGAGUGGCGAAGCCGCGAGACGCGCAAAACGAGGACGGCAGCCCGAGAAGCCAUCAGUCUCGCGCGUGGCCAUUUGUGUGUCUCGCGUUUUGCUCGACGGACUACAGAAAAAAGAGAGACUGCUCGUAGUCUACUACUGGCAUUAUUUUCCUGUGGUGGUGGUAAAUUAUGCUGGGGUUUUGAUUCUUCAGAUAUAUACUGUACAAAAUGAUUUUAUGGAUGAAAUAAACUGUGAACAUUCAUACUAGACAAUGAAAGGCGCUGUGCUUACCAGUCGUAAUUUCUGUAUGAAAGUAUGGAAUCCUAACGGGUUAUUACUAUACCAUAAACUGUCCCUUAUAAGCACCCCACUCAUACGCCGUACCAGUUAUAGGCCCAUCUACCUUAAAACAAAAAAUGUAUUCGAUUAUAAACCCUUCCCGAUAUAAGCCCCCCUCCGUGUAUUGAAAUGAAGUCUAGUCGAUUUAUUAUGACAUUUGAAGCUUAAUGAACAGGCCAGUUAAUGUAAUGUUUAUUUUGAUCAGCACUGCUAUAGCUUACUUCAGUUCAGUUCAGUUUAUGGUUUUGCCAUGGUGACAAAAAAAAUACAGACAAGAAAAUGUAAUUAAGAAGCUUAUGGCGAGGAAGCCCAAGGAAGCCAGUGGACUUAGAAGGAAUGGGCUUCCUCAGUUAAAUUAUGACAACAACAUAUUAACAGAAUUGUACGUGCAAAAAACAAUAGUAGAGCUACAGUAAAUCGUAAAAUAUAUUAGAAAAUCGUAAUCAUAGAGAAAAAAAUAAAUGAGAAGCAGAGGUCAAGGGAAAAAAAAAGAACAUUUAUGAUAAGAGGAAUGCUUUCAGCUCACAGCAAAAGGAAGCAGUAAGUACUUGUUGCAUUUCAAAUUUCAAAACUAGGAGAAUUAAAGACCUGGGAGACUUUGAGCGCCUCUUCUAUUCCGGUUUUUAUGCCCCCUCGGAUAUAAAACCUUCCUUUUAAAAACCCUUCUAAAACCCUUUAAAAAGUUGUACAAGCGGUAGUUUAUGAACAAAAGCUAUGGAACAGCUUGUUUUCUUAGGUGUUGUUUAUCAUCUUGUCGUUUUUAUAUUCAGGGAAUGCGAAAAUGAGUUGGAAGCUCUUUUGGAGGAACGACCCAACUUCAACUGUUCCUGGGAUGUGAGCAUAAAAGGAGGACAUGUAGGAAAAGCAGGGAUCAAAACUAAGAAGCCCGACGCGGUGGAACUAUUCCAAACCUUUGUACGCACUCGAGGCCUUCGUCUCAUUGACUUGUUCAGAUUCUUGGCAAAAGACGUUAACGCUACACACCUCACAAAAACCCAGUUUAUUAAUGGUCUGAAAAAACUCAAUGUUCCGUUGAAGGAUCACCAACUGAGAGCACUGUUCAGUAGUCUGGAUGUUAAUGGCGACGAUGAAGUGCAGUUUCAUGAGUUGCUAAGCUCCAGGAGCCACUACUUAAAAACGACGCGGAAAUGA